GAGCCCGGUGUGCAACGAAGAGCUGCAAUCUCGGCAGUCGGUGUGUGCAGGGUGUGCAACAAAGUGGAAUAUAGAAAAGUCUUCCCUUCACAUGCGCCAUCUGCUACAUUUUCAGGUCACGGCUUUAGAGACGGAGUACCCACGCCUGUGUAGAAGACCGUAGUCGAUCGACAAGUGCACACUUGAGCACCAGCUGAUCUGUCCCGCUGAAUUACCACACACUGUGAAUUACCCAACACUUCUCUGAAUUGUUCAUAGCGUUCAACAGUGUUCAAUGUGGUGUCUGGCAGGGCGCUAGCCAUUUAAUAGCCUUGCUCGUAUUUGUACACGUUACAAGAUGAUGCGUAUUGGUAACAGAAGAUCAGGAUCUCGACAACGGUCUCUGCGUCAGUGAUUCAAUCUGAAUAUAAUGCCGCUCGCUACGGUGACAGUGCCCUGGAGCGAACUCCAGGCACCCGAGAAGUAGAACCUGGUCACCGAACAGCGCCUAGCUUCACCUGAAUCUUUUACUUACUUCAACAAUGGAUGAAUCAUAAUCAUUACUUCGGUAGGGGUCCUGGACAUCGUGAUAAAUCACUGGUUACUCGCUUCUGUCCCAUCAUCGUCAGUAUACACAACCUGUGUUGCUUCUAAUUGAAAGAAGAUUCAAAUUCUAAUUACAGCAACAAUCCGAGAUUUUGCCGGCUAUUGAGGAAACCAUGAGCUUGCAGGGUGACGCACACGAAUCGCGUUGUAAUAGUUAUGCCGAAACCCAUGAGAUUGAACUCAGAGAGGUGUCGCGGGAUGGAUAUGACAAGGCGUAUCCUGCUCAAUUUGAACUCCUCAAGGUUCUGGGUCAAGGAUCUUUCGGCAAGGUGUUUUUGGUACGAAAAGUUGUUGGCAAGGAUGGUGGAAGUCUCUAUGCUAUGAAAGUUUUGAAAAAAGCCACUCUAAAAGUUCGUGAUCGGGUAAGGACCAAAAUGGAACGAAACAUUCUUGUAGACGUCGAACAUCCUUUCAUAGUGAGGUUACAUUAUGCCUUUCAAACCGAAGGGAAACUCUAUCUUAUUCUGGAUUUUCUGCGCGGCGGUGAUCUAUUCACCAGAUUGUCUAAAGAGGUGAUGUUCACAGAAGAAGAUGUGAAGUUCUAUUUAGCCGAACUUGCCCUUGCGCUAGGCCAUAUUCACAAUCUCGGCAUUAUCUACAGGGAUCUUAAGCCAGAAAACAUAUUACUGGACGCCGAUGGACACAUCUCCCUGACGGAUUUUGGAUUGAGCAAGCAGCCCCUCGAUGACACCAAGACUUAUUCCUUUUGCGGCACGGUCGAGUACAUGGCCCCGGAAGUUGUAAAUCGCAAGGGGCAUUCGUUUGCUGCGGACUGGUGGAGUUUUGGCGUUUUAAUGUUCGAGAUGCUUACCGGUGCCCUUCCUUUUCAAGGAGCCAACCGUAAGGAAACAAUGACACAAAUAUUGAAAGCAAAAUUGGGAAUGCCACAUUACAUAUCAACGGAAGCCCAAGCUCUGCUUCGUGUUUUAUUUAAAAGAAACCCUGCGAACAGGCUUGGAUCCGGUGGCGUCGAGGAGAUCAAGAGUCACAUGUUCUUUGCAUCGAUAGAUUGGGGGGCGUUGUUCGAAAAGAAAGUGAAACCACCUUUCAAGCCUGCUGUCAGUAGAGAAGACGAGGCAUUUUAUUUCGAUAGUGAAUUUACAUGCAAAACCCCAAAAGAUUCACCAGGAGUCCCGCCCAGCGCUAAUGCUCAUGAGCUGUUUCGAGGGUUUAGCUUUGUCGCUCCAUGCUUACUAGACGAACGUACAAAAACGUCGCCGACGACCCCGACAGUGUCAAUGUCUCCACCGCCAUUGACAGUGGUCGGUACCGGUGAAUCGCAGUGCAACGCUUUACCUGGCCACAUAAAUCGAGCCGCCAUCACCGACGAAUACGAUUUGAAAGAAGCUAUCGGUAGGGGUAGCUACAGUAUUGUUUAUCGCGCUGUGCACAGGGGUACGCGAGUCGAGUAUGCUGUAAAGGUGAUUGACAAGUCGAAGCGGGAUCCCUCCGAAGAGGUCGAGAUACUACUACGGUACGGAAGGCAUCCUCACAUUGUGUCUUUGCGAUCGGUACACGAAGACGAGGGACGCGUAUAUCUUGUACUUGAGUUACUGCGGGGAGGCGAGUUACUCGAUCGCAUCCUCGAACGGCGUAACCUCACCGAACGGGAAGCUGCCGAAGUAACGCAUACAAUUGCCGAUGUGGUACAUUAUCUUCACGAGAAUGGGGUGGUCCAUCGGGAUUUGAAACCGUCAAACAUACUGUACGCGAAGGAAGGCAGUGAUCCGACAUCUCUUUGUAUAUGCGACCUGGGUUUUGCUAAGCAAUUACGUGCAGAAAAUGGUCUAUUAAUGACGCCUUGCUACACUGCGAAUUUCGUUGCCCCUGAAGUGCUGAAGCGGCAGGGCUAUGACGCCGCUUGCGACAUAUGGUCACUCGGCGUCCUUCUUUACAUCAUGCUGUCUGGGUGUACUCCGUUUGCGAAUAGUUCCGGGGAUAGUGCCACGGAAAUACUUGAUCGGAUAGGGCCAGGGCUGGUGGAUGUUGAAACAGGAGCAUGGACUGUGGUUUCAAGCGAGGCGAAAGAACUGGUCCGAAGAAUGUUACACUUGGAUCCAGCCAAGCGGCCUACCGCAUCGGGAAUCUUGCAGUAUCCCUGGAUAGCAAAUCGACACAGGCUUCCUCACAAGGUCCUACCUCCGGUAACUAGGGACCUUCGUACAUUGAAGAGCGCUGUCGCAGCAACCUACAAAGCUAUAUCCAGUAGUCCCCGAUCACCGCACAUCGGCCCCAUUGUACUAUCCGAACUUGCACGCCGUCGAACCCAGACUAAACCGAUGAUGCACGUCGGUAUUUCCAAUACUAACAUGCAUAAAUGAUAUUGAACAAGUAUCGAAUAUAAUACAUAUAUUUUUAGCAGAGGUAAUUCAGUAAUUUGAGAAAAAACCCCGUUCAUGAAAUGUAAACUCUGCAAAAUAUCGACGAAAUAAAUUCUUACUAUCUAAAAUGAA